UUCAUACUUAGAUAUCAUGGCCGACUCUGCCGCUGGUUCUGCUGAUAAGUCAGUUCAAGUCAAGCUUGUUCUCCUCGGCGAAGCUGCAGUUGGGAAAUCAUCCGUUGUUCUUCGAUUCGUUUCCAAUGAAUUCCAACCCAACAAGGAGCCCACUAUUGGUGCUGCCUUUCUCACUCAGAAAUGUCGACUGGAGGACCGUGUUUUGAGAUAUGAAAUUUGGGAUACAGCAGGGCAGGAACGAUUCCACUCUCUUGCACCCAUGUACUAUAGGAAUGCUCAGGCCGCUGUUGUUGUUUACGAUGUCACAAAGGCAUCAAGCUUGGAGAAGGCCAAAUCGUGGGUCAAGGAACUACAAAGGCAGGCGAACCCCAACAUCGUCAUUGCUCUUGCUGGAAACAAGGUCGACUUGGUUCAGCCCUCCCCUUCUUCCUCUGGUACAGCCUCCGAAUCAGAAGACGAGGCUGAUGACGCAACGGCAACACCAGGGGAAGCAACGGCAUCCUUGGGAGGUGAAUCUGAGAGUUUGAGACAGGUACCUAGAGAGGAAGCACAGGCUUAUGCGACGGAGGCUGGUUUACUGUUCUUUGAGACCAGUGCGAAGACCGGCGACGGUAUCGUGGAAGUAUUUACUGAAAUAGCCAAGAAGAUACCCAUCGAGCACAUAUUAGCUGCAUCCCGGGGCGGUGCUGGUCGUGCUGGUGGUGUUGGCAACCGUACGGGAGGCUCGCAACAAGAGGGCGGUGUCAACCUAGAGGGGAAUGACAACAAACCCAAAGACGCUUGCAAUUGUUGAGCUUCUUUACGUUUUGGCAUGAUUUAUCUAUGCAUAUUGUACACCUCCCUGAUUUUACUCACGACCAUUUCCUGCACCUUAUGUAGUUCGACUCUCAUUUUCUCGAGCUGCAUUACGACUUCAUACAUACGUCCCUACAUUCUUUCGCGUGUAAUUUGAUUGUUUAUUUUGUCGG